UGAGUAGCCUGGGGAUGCAACUUAGAUGCGCAUGUGUAGAUAAACUGCAGUGGAUUUGUUGUUCAAACUGUGAAAAGUACUACUAGUAGGCUGGAGCAUUCCAGUUGACUUGAGUACAGGGCUUCAUGAGUCUAUUCUAAAACGUCCUCAACACUGUAUGUCCUUUAAGAGGAUCCAAGAAAGCCUCAUGUUGAAGUCACGAGCGUAUAUUUUCGUGGUCGUCGAAGAAAAGCUCGGUGUGUAAAAUGAACUACCCGAUCAGAAAAGAGCUUGUUGGAAAGCGUUUUAUGUGUGUUCGCGACAGAACUACACAAAAUAGUAGACCAAACUCAAGAUCAAAUAGAUUUUCAAAUCCACUGGACUACACAUGGAAAUGUGGAAUCAUAAGGGCUUGUUCAAAAGAGGAUAGCAAUGACAUUGAACAAAAGGUUUUAGUUGAGUAUGAUAACCAGGAUUGGUCAUCUAGGGAAUGGAUAAGUAUUUACAAGGAAACUUGGAAAAUCUUCCUUGUGGAAGAGAGAAUGGUAUGGGCACAGCGCGAAGAUCCCAACAAUCCAAAAAGACCAAUUUUAUGGCCAGCCUUGACAUUUUACAGUCUUGUUGAUAAGCAUGGUUUGGAUGAAAGCAAUUCUAUUGGUGUUGAAUUUUUAGGGGAUCACAUGAGAACAUUUUGCACAAGCAAUGAAAUGCGUCAAUACCAAGAGGAUGAUGGCCUCCAACCAGCACUAAGAAACAAUUCAAAAGUUGUGAAUGAGCUGAUGAAUUGGCAGACUUUACAGAAGUCUCAAGGAAUUCUUAUUCAUGGUCCGUUUACUUUAACAGGGUUUCGAGUCCAAGUAUACAGAGAAAAGUGUAGACAGUGGUUUUCUGCUGUUAUAACUUCACAUGAUCUCAUUACCAGGGAAAUGGAUGUGAUGGAUGACACUGUCUUACAGACUCAUAGAAUCAACCCAAGACUUGUGAUGGUUCUCUUAUUGGCAAAUGAGGUGGAAUUAGACAGUAUGCUCAGAGGGGAUUUAGUCAGGGUCCUUCCAUCACGCCGCAAUCGACAGUCAGUUGUCAUAACUUCUCCAUCUCCUGAAACAAAUAAUUCUGGAAACUCUAUGUGGCAGUUUUUAAAUGACAUGUGGAACGAACCACAUGCAUGUCAUUCAGGACAGGAUUCCAGUGCCAGAUAUUCUUCAUCAUUAACCGUAAACAAAGCACCAGCUACAACCCAAGAGGGAACCWCUGCUAAGUCAGCUACACAAAAAAGACGGAAAAGCAAUACGUCCAGGCAGAGCAAAAGAAAGUCAAGUGAAUACACUGAAUCACCUCARCCAAACCAACCCACUUCAAAUUUAAGACUUUUAUCACCUUAUCAAAACCAAGAAAAUACUUCRACACAUCAAAACCACAUGUCCUCCCCAGUGCAAUCAUCCUUGGGACACUCAUCAUCCUCUGGUCAUCAUCUUUCAUCUCCAAUUUCAAGUCCAGUUCAUCAUCGUUCRCACUAUAGCUCCAUGGAAGAUCUUUUACGUACCAGCUCCAGUCCUUCCAGGCAGCAUAUCUCGCCUCAAAGACCCAGCAGUGCUUCCCUGAUUCAUCCCUCUCCUCAAAGACCUUACAGUUCCCCACAGAAAACACCACCGCACGUAAGACUUUCACCAGGAGAUCAACAAACGGCAACAUCCAAGAUGGUUGAUCCAAAACAUGGACUUCUUGGAUCUCCUAGUCACUCUAACAUGAGGCAAUAUACUCCUCCCCAUUCCUCAGCAAGUYUGUCCCCUUUUAGAGCYAGUGAAGUAUUUGCAACCCCUGUGCUUCAACAGCAGCAUCAGCUUCAUCAACAACAACAACAACAGAUCAAGCAACAUCAGAACCUUUCUCAUUGUCAAAUGUAUAUUAGUCAGCUUCAACUCCUGGCUGAGCGACUGAAGUCAGUUCAGCAAGGAGCUCUUACACCAGAUCAGAGAGAAAUGUUGAACUUGUUAUACAAGCAUAUUUUACUUCAAUAYCAGGAAGCCAGCAUGUCAGACUAUCAUUCUCCAGCAGUUGCUGCAGCACGAUUACAGAUGCAGAUGCAACUGAAGUACCUUGAGGAUCAAGAAAAACAGUUGAAAUACAUGAGGCAGSCAUAUUUACCAUCCUUUGAGCCAGAACAUUUAAAGUCUUUUUUGUCACCCAAUGCUGUUGGCUCAAAUACAGAGCAUCUGCARAAUCUUUGUGCUAGCUUUUCACUACAGCAACACAACCAGGAAUUGCAGGAGGUGACCAAGAAUUUCGAUCAAAAUAAACCAACUGUGAAGGAACAUGUUGCAAGACUAAAACGAUUUAUGCCCAUUUUACAGGUACAAUUACCAAAUUGA